AUGGAGUCCUGCUUCGACUUCGCCCAGUGCCGGAAAAACGGCUUCAAGGUCUACGUGUACCCGCAGCAGAAGGGGGAGAAGAUCGCUGAGAGCUACCAAAACGUCCUGGCCGCUAUCGAGGGCUCCCGGUUCUACACCUCGGACCCCGGGCAGGCCUGCCUCUUCGUCCUCAGCCUGGACACGCUGGACCGAGACCAGCUCUCUCCCCAGUAUGUGCACAACCUCCGCUCCAAGGUGCAGAGCCUCCACCUGUGGAACAACGGCAGAAACCACCUAAUUUUUAAUUUAUACUCUGGUACCUGGCCCGACUACACUGAGGAUGUGGGAUUCGACAUUGGCCAGGCUAUGCUGGCCAAAGCCAGCAUCAGUACUGAAAACUUCAGACCCAACUUUGACGUUUCUAUCCCGCUCUUUUCUAAGGAUCAUCCUAGGACAGGAGGGGAGAAGGGAUUUUUGAGGUUUAACACCAUCCCUCCUCUCAGGAAGUACAUGUUGGUAUUCAAGGGGAAAAGGUACCUGACGGGGAUAGGGUCAGACACCAGGAAUGCCUUAUAUCACGUCCAUAACGGAGAGGAUGUUGUCCUCCUGACCACCUGCAAGCAUGGCAAAGACUGGCAAAAGCACAAGGAUUCGCGCUGCGAUCGAGACAACGCCGAAUACGAAAAGUAUGAUUACCGUGAAAUGCUGCACAAUGCCACUUUCUGUCUGGUUCCCCGUGGCCGCAGGCUUGGCUCUUUCAGGUUUUUGGAAGCUUUGCAGGCUGCCUGCGUCCCGGUCAUGCUCAGCAACGGAUGGGAGUUGCCGUUCUCGGAAGUGAUUGAUUGGAACCAAGCUGCCAUCAUAGGCGAUGAGAGAUUGUUAUUACAGAUUCCUUCUACAAUCAGGUCUAUCCAUCAGGAUAAAAUCCUAGCACUUAGACAGCAGACACAGUUCUUGUGGGAGGCUUAUUUUUCUUCAGUUGAGAAGAUUGUAUUGACUACACUAGAGAUUAUUCAGGACAGAAUAUUUAAGCACAUAUCACGUAACAGCUUAAUAUGGAACAAACAUCCUGGAGGGUUAUUUGUACUGCCACAAUAUUCCUCAUAUCUGGGAGAUUUUCCUUACUACUAUGCUAAUCUUGGUCUGAAGCCUCUUUCCACAUUCACUGCCGUUAUCCACGCAGUAACUCCCCUGGUUUCCCAAUCUCAGCCUGUGCUGAAACUCCUGGUUGCUGUAGCCAAGUCCCAGUACUGUGCACAGAUUAUUGUUUUAUGGAAUUGUGAUAAACCCCUCCCAGCCAAACACCGCUGGCCUGCCACUUCUGUGCCUGUCAUAGUCAUUGAAGGAGAAAGCAAGGUUAUGAGCAGUCGCUUCCUACCCUACGACAACAUAGUGACAGAUGCAGUGCUAAGCCUGGAUGAGGACACCGUGCUUUCAACCACUGAGGUGGAUUUUGCCUUUACAGUUUGGCAGAGCUUUCCAGAGAGGAUUGUAGGGUAUCCUGCACGCAGUCACUUCUGGGACAACACUAAGGAAAGGUGGGGGUAUACCUCCAAAUGGACUAAUGACUAUUCCAUGGUAUUGACAGGAGCUGCUAUUUACCACAAAUAUUAUCACUACCUGUACACUCAUUACCUGCCUGCCAGCCUAAAGAACAUGGUGGACCAACUGGCCAAUUGUGAGGACAUUCUAAUGAAUUUUUUGGUGUCAGCCGUGACAAAAUUGCCUCCAAUCAAAGUAACACAGAAAAAACAGUAUAAGGAGACCAUGAUGGGACAGACAUCCCGGGCCUCGCGCUGGGCCGACCCCGACCACUUUGCCCAGCGGCAGAGCUGCAUGAACACUUUUGCCAGCUGGUUUGGCUAUAUGCCGCUGAUCCACUCGCAGAUGAGGCUCGACCCUGUCCUCUUUAAAGACCAGGUCUCCAUCCUGAGGAAGAAGUACCGAGACAUUGAACGACUCUGAGGACGCUGCUGAGGGGGCCGAUCCGCCCUCGCCCGUGUGGGAGCCAGACUGUGCCACCGACAGCGAGCGCCCGACCCCGCCAGCCGCGCCCCGGUGCCGGGGCCCGCGGCUCCGACUGCGCCGAACCGCCGGCAGGCUGCUGUCGCUGAGACUAGGUUGUGUACAGUUUCAUUAUGGAACAUUAAAUAAUUAUUUUUGAAAUGAU